AUGAGCCGGCCGGUGACGACGCAGCCUCAGCAGCUCUUUUCCUCGGUGGAAGCUGAGUGGGCUUCAGGGAUCUGCGACUGCUGCGACGACAUGAAGCAAUGCUGCUUCGCCUUCUGGUGCUGCCCCUGCUUCGCCUGUCGAACCACCAAACAGCUCGGUCAGUGUCUCUGUCUCCCCCUGCUGGACGUGUUCGGCUGCGUCCGUCCCAUCACGAUGUCCAUCAGGGUGUCGCUGCGUCAGCGCUACGGCAUCAAAGGGAACCUCUGCUCCGACUGUUUGUGCUCCACCUUCUGUCUGCCCUGCGUUUGGUGUCAAAUGGCCACCGAGAUGAAGAAGCAGAAGCUCCCCACCGUGCAGUGACAUCAUCCACCAGUGAUGAUGUCAUCGGCGUCGUGGCCCAGCUCCGCACCAGGAGAAAUCAAUAAUCAUCAGUGUUUUGCUGUAUUUAUCAGUUAUUUGUUUUUAACAAAUCAGUUUUUGUUCUGUUGUUCAUCUGUUUACUCGAUUUAUAUGUUUGUUCGCUUAAAUUCAUUAAAAUUAAAUUCAUGCUUGUGACUGAGCUUAAAGAUGAAUCGAGACUGUGGAGAGAAGCUCAGAUCUGAUAUCAAUGCACAAAUAUUCAGUCCGUGUGAGCUUUGGAAGGUGAUUUCAGGAUUUACAUGAAAUCAUUUAAAUGUUUUU